GUCGGUGGGAUUCUCAUGUAUUGGUAUGAUUACACUAGUUUUCAUUCAACUAACGAAUUCAUUUUUAAAAGCAUUUUAUUUAUGCAAUGCUCUUUUAGCUAUUGAACUAUAUUCAUUCAAGGCUAAAUCUGAUAGCACACCUAUAUUAGAACUAGAAAGCAUUCUAUUCGAUCCUCAUUCACGCUUUCAUAAACGUAGUAUUAAUUCCACCAAUGUGGCACAAGAAAUUCGUUACGGAAUUGAUAAGAACGCUGUUUGCCGAUUUGACAAUAUCAUUAAGUUAUUACCGCAUUUAUCAGUGAAUAAGUUAAACAUGCAGGAAUACCAGGAAGAAGUGAACUAUGAAGAAACGAAAGAGAAUUCAUCACACCUCAAUAGUUCCACCUCUUUAAAUUUAAGAGAAUAUUCUAUUCCAUAUGUUAAUUAUGAAGAUGCACCGGUUUUGUUGGAUUUCAUCAAUUUAUUUGGAAGGCUGUCCGGUUUCGAUCGAUUGAAAUCACGUCUUAUGGCUCUAGACAAUAACGAUGAGAAACCGCAACAACAACAGCAAAACGUAGAGGAAGACAAAAAGGAGGAAGAGCAGCAGUCAACUGAUAGGACAGAGCAUUUAUCACUCAGUUUAAUAUAUGCUUAUCUCCAACCUUUUGCACUGUGCUGUUAUUUUCUGAAUGACUCAGUGAUUGAAGAAUAUUUUCAGCCGAUAGUUGUAUUGCAUUGGAGCAUUGCAAAUGUACAGUGAUGCGGCUUUCUACGUUUGUAUUACUUGAGCGUUAUUCAGAACCUCGUUAGCACAUACGAUGAAAAACGGAACAAAUUCCAUUCUGAAUUCUGUUUAUCAUCGCAAAGUUGGUCCGUUGUAUCUGCUAAUACCAAAAUAAUGUUGUACUUACCCGCUACUGUGGAGUUGUAUAAAUUUUCGAACCCUUAUUAAUUGAUCAAAUGAUAAUGAUCGUAAGCUCUGCAUCCUGUUUGUCUUACUCUAGCAGCUGUGUACCACCUCUCUUCGCACCUUCCAUUAACGCAACAUUUCGUAAUUCCCGCAUGAAUUUGACUGACUAUAAGUAUAAUAUAGAUUAUAAUUUAGACUUGAACCAAUAUAUUGUAAUCUAUUCUAAUAAAGUUUCUAGAGGUUUUUUUCCAUCUUUCCAAUUUUUAAUGUCAGAAAACAGUGUUCCAUUUCAAAUUGCACUUGUCAAAUAUGAUCAUGCCUGUACAAACGGUAUGUCAAUCAUGUAAAUGCUUAAUUUAUUUAUUUAUAUGUGAAUUAUAUAUAUUUAAUAGUUUAUAUUUCCUUAUAAACGGGUGUUUUCAAGAAAUGCAAGCUAUAUUUGCAGACACGAGCAGUUAUGUUGUAAGUUACAAUCGUGAAGUAUUAUAUAUCAAUGCUUUUUUAUUGUUAUAAAGGUAUAUUCCACAACUGUAAUCCAGGUUGCGUCGUGGGGAAAUGUAAUGCAUAAUUCACGAGGUUAUUGUAACAUAUGGGACCAAUAAUGUUUGCAGAUCAUUUGUCAUUGUAAAUGGUCAAAUAUCCACAUUCUCCAUUCUCAUUCAAAAAGUCAAAUGCAAGCUAAAAUGGUGAGAGAAAAAAGAAGACAAACAACAGCAACGCGAAAGAAAGCAAGUGGAGUCCUUAAGGAGUGAUUGAUAUGUAUAUAAACAUUUAUAUUCUGCUCAGUAAUUAUGGUUAUUUUGCUGCACUAACUAACUAGUCCCGUUAUGCUAACUUUUAUAUUGUGUGAACUAAUAUUAUUGUCAUGGAAAAUUCCCAUUCUAACAUAUAGAAAAUCAAAACAAAUGAUUCAACGAAGAGACUUUUCAACGAAUUUAUCAUCAAGCUGUACAAUCGUAUAUAUAUGGUUUAUUUAAGAAGCUAUAUCCGGUGAGGGAAUUUAAACAUAGGUGUGAAUGCAUAAAAUAAUAAUAUGAAAUACAAUUAAAACUAAAAUCUUUGUGAUUAUAAUCGUAGUUAAAUGUCAAGUGGCAAAGCAAAUUAAUGUCAUAUAUAGAAUAAUUCAUAGGAUGGAUAGAACUUGAAAAAGGUGUGCAAUUAUAAGAUUAGUAAACAAAUCGAAUAAAAUAAAAACGUUACGUAAUAUUGUGUGGAAUUUCAUAGCAUAGAAUUUAAUGUUACAUGAAGGAAUUGAUUUAGAAUGACAAGUGGAACAAGUGAAAUAAUACCGGGGACAAUUAAAAGUGAGAGUAGCAACAGUUACAAUUGACUUAAUAAGGAAGAGUACACAAAUUGAAUAGACAAAAAUGAAAAGAUGAAAAAUUGGUAGAGCUAAAAUAUGAUUGGGGAUUACCAUACUUUAGCAUAGAGGGAUUAAGACCAUGAAAGUUGGAGGGGUUGAACGAACUUUUUCUGUACACAGAGAUCUGGCUUUUCUCUUUCGAUAGCCAAAGCUUCAGCAAUACAGAUGAGUCGGGUACAUAGGGAUUUGGGUAGAUUACUCUUUGCCUUGUAGAUGACUUUGAAGGCGGAGGCUAUAGAGAUAGGGUGAUCAUUAUCGACCAGAUGUUCAAUGAUCGCGCUUCUUAUUGCUCCACUACCACCUUUUCGUAACCAUGCAGAGGGAUAGUGUUCUUGCACCCUCUUGGACAAAACUCGUGUUGAACGACCGAUAUACCUAGCUCCACACGAGCAUGUGAAUUGAUAAACACACAUGGAGUUGUUCAACAGCUUCUUAAAAAAACCCACAUA